CUCAAAUAGGCUUCGUCGAGUGCAGUUAAACAGUGGAAUUCUACAGGAAAAUCAUGACCAAUACGGAUUUGAAGGCCCUAGAGCUCCUGUUCCAACGUCCUUUGGAACCGGCGUUCACCACUCGAGAUGCGGGUAAGACCGUGCUGGAAUUGCCCGACAGUUUCUAUGCGGAUCGCUAUCGCAAUGACACCGAGGAGGUGGGCAAUCGCUUCUCCAAGGAUGUGGACCUGAAAAUCCCGAUUCAGGAGUUGGCCAGCGUUCCCAAUCUGGACUUCACCAAGAAAAUUGGACCGAAAAACCAGUUCUCCCUGUUCAACAAUCGCCAUCGGGAGAUUGCCAGCGAACUGAUCACACUUUUUAUGGGUGCCCCCAAUCUCAGGCAAUUCGUGUCACUCUCUGUUUACACCAAGGAUCGUGUGAACCCCGUGCUGUUCCAGUACGCGUAUGCCGUGGCCAUUGCCCAUCGUCCGGAUACGCGUGAGGUGCCGAUCACUAACAUCUCCCAGGUCUUCCCCAGCAACUUUGUGGAGCCCUCCGUCUUUCGGGAUGCCCGGCAGGAGGCUUCGGUGAUUGGAGACAGUGGCGACCGUGUCCGCGUGGACAUUGCGCGCAACUACACGGCCUCGGAUCGCGAGGAUGAGCAGCGAUUGGCCUACUUCCGGGAGGACAUCGGCGUGAACAGCCACCACUGGCACUGGCACUUGGUCUACCCCACCACCGGACCCAUGGAGGUGGUCAACAAGGAUCGUCGAGGAGAGCUCUUCUACUACAUGCACCACCAGAUCCUGGCCCGCUACAAUGUGGAGCGUUUCUGCAACAAUCUGAAGAAAGUCCAGCCCCUGAACAACCUGCGGGUGGAGAUCCCUGAGGGCUACUUCCCCAAGAUCCUGUCCAGCGUGAACAACCGCACCUACCCGGCCCGAGUGUCCAGUCAAUUGUUGAGGGAUGUGGACCGCCCAGACGCCAGUAUCGAGAUCUCCGAAGUGGAACGCUGGCGGGAUCGCGUCCUGGCCGCCAUCGAUCAAGGAUAUGUCGAAGAUCCCUCUGGCAACCGUACGCCCUUGGACGAAGUUCGUGGCAUUGAUAUUCUGGGCAACAUGAUUGAAGCCUCGCCAGUGCUGUCCGUCAACAGGACCUUCUACGGCAAUCUGCAUAACGAGGGGCACAACAUCAUCUCCUUUGCCCACGAUCCCGAUAACCGCCACUUGGAGGAGUUCGGUGUGAUGGGCGAUGUGACCACGGCCAUGAGGGAUCCGAUCUUCUACAGGUGGCACGGAUUCAUUGACUCGGUGUUCAACAAGUUCAAGGCCCACUUGAACCCCUACAAUGACGCUGAGCUGAACUUCGAUGGCGUUUCGGUUACCUACAUCGAGGCCAAGAUUGGCAAGUCCAAUACCAAGGCCAACACACUGUUGACCUACUGGCAGAAGUCGAGUGCCGACUUGGCAGCUGGCCUGGACUUCGGUCCCUCGGCCAACAUCCUCGCCUCCUUCACCCAUCUGCAGAAUGCCCCCUUUACCUACACCUUCAAUGUGACCAACAGUGGAGCCAAGCGGACCGGAACCUGCCGCAUCUUCAUCUGUCCCAAAACGGAUGAGCGCAAUCAGCCACUGCGCCUGGAGGAACAGCGACUGAUGGCCAUCGAAAUGGACAAGUUCACGGUUGACUUGGUGCCGGGCGAGAACACCAUCCGCCGCCAGUCGACGGAGUCCUCGGUGGCCAUUCCCUUCGAGCGCUCGUUCCGCCCAGUGGGGGCGGACUACCAGCCCAAGGCCGCCGACGAGCUGGCCCGCUUCCGCUUCUGCGGCUGUGGGUGGCCACAGCACCUCCUGCUGCCCAAGGGCAACGCCCAGGGAAUGCUCUUCGACCUGUUCGUCAUGAUUUCCGACUACACGCAGGACUCCGUCCAGCAGCCCAACACACCCAAUGAUGCCUGCAGCACGGCUUACUCGUUCUGCGGUCUGAAGGACAAAUUGUAUCCUGACAGGCGCACCAUGGGCUAUCCGUUCGACAGGCGACUACCCAACGCCAAUCUCACGGAAUUGGUCGGCGCCUUUGGCAACAUGGCCAAGACCGAUUUGAGGAUUGUCUUCAACGAUCGCGUGAUUGACAAGGCCUAGAUGAUUGAUGGACUCAUUCGAACUGCCCCCAAAGAUCAAAGGAAACGGACCUCAAAAGGAAUAACUCUUGGAACUCUGCAUCUACAUAUAACAUAUUUAUAUCUUUUUCAUUUGUGAUGUUUUUUCGUGUUGAAUUAUAUAUUUUAUACAAAUAAAUAUAAUUAUUGCAAACAAA